AGGGUGCAAGUUGGCAGCGCAUGUGGUGGACGCGGAACGCUUGGGAUCUCUGCGCCAGCUUCUUCGCUUUUCGCGCGCUCUGUAUCCCGGCCGCUGGCGCCGGCCUGGGGAGGCCGAGGAGGCAGGGGGCCGAAAGGGCUGUCCCGCUGUCGGCCCUCCAGCGUUGCAGCCGGAACCGCGGAGAGCCUGCUGCAGUGGUCGCGGGCCCACCGCCGCGGCCGGUGCCUCGACCGACUGUCUUGAAGGAGACUUCUCGGCGGUUGCUGCAGAGGGAGAUGAAGGACCUGUUAGACCGCGAGGCGACUUCGGGGCCGGCCAACUAGGAGGACUCGGCGAGAGGGCGCCCGCACCCUCCCGGCCUUGUUCCUGUGGCGCCGUGAGCGAGGUGUCGCGCUCCGCCGGGCGCGCGGCGUGUGCACGGGGCCCCGGCGGGGUGAGCGGGCGGCAUGUUCCCGCGUAGGCCGCCGGCCGGCCUGGCCGCCUGGCUGGUGGGCGCGGCGGCGGCGGCGGCCGGGCGCGCGGGCGCGCGGGGUGGGGGCCUGCUCGCCCUGCUGGCCAAUCAGUGCCGCUUCGUGACGGGCCUGCGCGUGCGGCGCGCGCAGCAGAUCGCGCAGCUCUACGGCCGCCUGUACUCGGAGAGCUCGCGCCGCGUCCUCCUCGGUCGCCUCUGGCGCCGGCUGCGUGGACGCCCGGGCCAUGCCUCUGCUUUGAUGGCGGCGCUCGCCGGCGUGUUCGUGUGGGACGAGGAGAGGAUCCGGGAGGAGGAGUUGCAGAGAUCCAUUGAUGAGAUGAAACGGUUGGAGGAAAUGUCAGGUAUGUUUCGGAGCUCUGGAGCUGAGCGCCACCCCCCAGAACCAAAAUCCCAGACAGAAGGGGUUGAAGAUUCAGGAGGCAAAGAGCAGCCGUGGGAGAUGGUGAUGGAUAAGAAACACUUCAAGCUGUGGCGGCGUCCCAUUUCAGGCACCCACCUUUACCAGUACCGAGUGUUUGGAACCUACACGGACGUGACACCACGGCAGUUCUUCAAUGUUCAGCUGGAUACAGAAUAUAGGAAAAAGUGGGACGCCCUGGUGAUCAAGCUGGAAGUGAUUGAGAGGGAUGUGGUCAGUGGCUCUGAGGUUCUUCACUGGGUGACCCAUUUUCCUUACCCGAUGUACUCACGGGAUUAUGUGUACGUUCGGCGGUACAGCGUGGAUGAGGAAAACAACGUGAUGGUGUUGGUGUCACGUGCUGUGGAGCACCCGAGUGUGCCAGAGUCUCCGGAAUUUGUCAGGGUCCGAUCAUACGAGUCCCAAAUGGUUAUCCGUCCACACAAGUCAUUUGAUGAGAACGGCUUUGACUACUUGCUGACAUAUAGUGACAACCCCCAGACCGUGUUUCCUCGCUACUGCGUUAGUUGGAUGGUUUCCAGUGGUAGUGAAGCCUCCGGCUGCAGUUUGGAGGGAUGAGCAUUCUGGAGUCCCAAAAUGAAACCUAUGCCCAGAGGUGAAUCGAAGAACGUUUGCUUAAUACACACUGUGUACAUUAACGCAUUUACAGAUUUUCUUCUUAGGUCGUGUUGGAAGCCUUAAAACAUGUGGUUAUAGGACAGUCCACUGGAGAAAGGGGCCACCACCCUUCUUAACAAAGGCAACAGCACGUGACUGCUGUGAUUGCAUUUUUCCUGGCCAGUCUCUUCCCUUAGAAACAGCUUCAUGAGAUUUUCUCUCUUGUUCUCUGUAAGCGGUGUCUUACCCUUCAGCGGGGAAUGGAGAGGAGAUUAGGUAUUUCUACUGUUUGACAUUUUUUCAGCAAAAUUGGCUGUGCCACUGAUAAGUGAUGUUUGAAUCACAUAAAAGAGAGCCUUUGGGGACUUAGGUGGCUUGAUCAAUAGCCCUUUUCAAAGGAUCCCAGAGGUCCUGGGUGGUUUUCACUCCCUGUACGUUGGUUGUUUAUCAGCGAGGCUGUGAUCUCUAUAAGGAGGCACUGACUUCCUACCUGGAAAGAAGCAGGCCCUGCUCACUUUGAGCCUGUGGCUCAGCGGUAGAGGGUCCGCCUGCAGAUGCAGGAGACUCAGGCUUGAUCCCUGGUCUGGAAGAUCCCCUAGAGAAGGAGGUGGGGAAACGGAAACUCACUCCAGUGUUCUUGCCUGGAAAUCCCACGGACAGACUUACAGUCCAUGGGGUUGCAAAGAGUCAGACACGACUUGAGUGACUAGAGCAGUGAAGACAGAGCGAGCCUGCUGGUUUGUGUGCUCGCCCACCCAGGUUGCCCUCUCUCC